CCACCUCAAAUUUUUCAUACUUACAUCGAACGCGAACAUAACAACAACUACAACAACACACGACAUCUUAACCCCAACAACCCGUCAUGUCGUUCAAAGACGAUUUCAACCUUUUUAUUGGUGCUAAAUAUGGCAUUUUCAAAGGUGUUAAAGCAACCGAUGGGCAACCUUUAAUAAGUAAAAGUAUUCAGAGCCUGAAACACUUGUCCAAGGAAUCUGACUUGACUGCUUUGGCAUGGAGUAAUGGUGACGAAGAAGAUAUCCUUAUUGGACUCUCAAAUCAAGUUGUUAAAACUUAUGACACAAAAGGCAAAGCAUUUACGUUCAGCACUGACGCCAAACUCUAUGACAAAAGUGGUGUAGGUGUUAGUAAUGGAGCUAUAUGUGGCCUAACACGCUUCGAUGGGGUUUUGGUGACCGCUGCAGAAUCAGGCCAUGUACGUGUCUUAAGAUACAAUGAAGAGGAUUGCAUAAAUAUAUUUGCCAAUGGGCCUAUUUCAAAGAUGCGACACUCAAUUUCAAAUCCCAGUACAAUUGGAACUGGAGGCUUAGAAAAUGAACUCAAGCUGUGGGAUCUUAACACUGGAAAAUUAUCAUUUGAAGCUAAAAAUGUUCCAAAUGAUUUUCUUCAACUUCGAGUUAAAGUAUGGGUAACAGACCACGUUUUUCUGCCUUCAUCUGAUAAAGUAGCUGUGGGCAGUAGAUAUGGUUAUGUUCGCUUGUAUGAUCCUAAAGCACAGAGGAGACCUGUUAUAAAAGUUGAUAUGCCAGAAAAAGCUGUAAAUUGUAUUGCUGCCUCAAGUCAAGACCACACUGUAUUGUGUGGUCUGACCAAAGGGGAUAUUGUAGCUGUUGAUAUGCGCAUGGGUCGGACAACCCAAAAUUAUAAAGGAUUCACAGGGGCUGUUCGUGAUAUUGUGUGUCAUCCUACUGAACCCUACAUAGUCAGUGUUGGCUUGGAUCGCUUUUUACGUAUUCAUCAUUUAACCACCAAGAAACUCCUCCUUAAGGAAUACAUUGUUUCCCGUGCUAGCUGUGUUUUGAUGAGAUCAGACUUCUCUCUGCAGCCAACCAAGUCUGAAAAAGAGAGAAAGGGCAACAAAAGGGCCUCAGAUGAUCUCUUGAGUGAUGGUCAGAGUGACCAUGAAGAAGCUCAACAGUUUGAUGACAUUUUUAACUCUAUGGAAGUUGUGGUAGAUGGAGGUAAAACAAAAUCAAUCAAGAAUAAAAAAUUAGCAACCAAACAAACUUCAUGUACACCUUUGAAGAAGAAAAAGACAAAUUUAAUUGUGAAUCCCUUUGCCACCCCAAAACUAUCUCAGGAAAAUAGUAGCCCAAUGAAGAGCACAAUGAAGAAAAAUAGUGUCAAAAUUGAUGAAGACUCUGAUGAUGAUUUAAUGAUUGUAUCUGAAACAGUAGCAAAUCCAGCACCAGCAGUUUCACAAGCAACCGAGGAAGAAGAUUCAGAACCUGAUGAGGCAGAGGGAGACAGUGAUGAAUUUGAUGAUGUGGAAGAGGAAGAAAGUGAAGGGGGUGACUACAAAGAUGACACCAUUACUACAGUUAUUAAAUCUAAUAAUGACAAUAAAAAUAGAAGAUAAAACUCACUGUAUAUUUUCUGUAAUUGAAAGAUGAAAUUCUGUAUUUUUAAUAAUUGUAAUAAAGUAUUCUCUAAAAAGGAAAA